AUACUGUGCCAAGGAGUAUAUAACUCCAAGCAGCCCCAAAACCUUCACCUUGAUUAUAUCAGUCAUGAUUACCGAGGGAAGAUUGAGCGGCAGAGACAGCAAAGGCCUCGAGUCAACCUGCUUCGUGUAGCUCCAAACAAACCGAUUGAACAGAAUAUGGCUGGGAAAAGUAAGCAUAAGGAGAGCCAAAUUCUUAACCACAAACACCCAAUCAGGCCCCCCAAUAUCAACCCCCCACCCGACAUUCCCGUGCCACACGUCCUCCCAAACGCUGUAAAUCGCCGUUAUCACCAAAUAACCGGAAAUAGCCACCGUCACCGGAAAAUACCUCUGCUUAUCCCCAAAUCCGGCGAAAAAAUCCAAAUCCUGGUUCAGCAAAAGAAGGAUCGGAGCCAGGAAAAAGAUCGCUCGGUUAGAUCCCCCGUAGCCACAUUGCCGACAGCUGGCAUCCACGCCCCCUCGUUCGAAAUCCUCUUGAUCGUAAAACUGGCCAGAGGCCCGGCCAAAGCCUGCCGCUGCUUCAUGAAUCUCAGCCUCGGAGGAACGGCGGCCGAGGGGGCGCCAGGCUGGCAGCGGCCGCCCGACGAUGACGAGGACGACGAAUCGCGAACGAGGGAAGCCAGCUCGAACUUGAUCUCGAGCGCGAUUAGCAUGAAAAUGGCUGCAUAA